AUGCAUCCUCUCGGCUUUCUCGCUUGCGUUGCCGGGCUUUCCGGCACAGCAUUUGCCGACUUUGGCUUAACGACAUCAGACUCCACAUACACGAUCGACACCAGCGGUGGACUAAUCUUUGAGGUUAACCGUGAAGCUGACGGGGAGUCAAGCACAAAUGGCGACAUCACCAGUCUGCUCUACAACGGUGUUCAGUUCCAAGGCACGGGCAAGAUGUCACAGAUCAACUCCGGUCUCGGAACCUCAAUAGUCACAGCUGACACCGUAAAUGGGCAUAUCAAGAUCACCGUCAAGGCUGGCUCGCAGCCCUUGACACACUACUAUGUAUCUAAACCAGGCGAUUCAACCAUCUACAUGGCAACUCACAUCACUGGUGAGAUCGCGCCUGGCGAGUUGCGCUGGCUGGCCCGACUACAGCGCAAGCAGGUACCGACUGGUGUGCAUGGCGAUGUUGCCGACCUCGAUGGAUGCGUGGCAUUUGAAGGCAAGGACACAUUCAAGUGUCCGGACGGUACCACCAGAUGCAAGAUGUAUACAUCUGACCGUUUCAUUGACGAUCAAGUCCACGGCGUGACCGGUGAUAAUGUCGGGGUGUGGAUGAUUAUGCCUGGUAACGCCUAUGAGCACUCUGCCGGCGGCCCUUUCAUGAGAGACAUCAACUCGCAAAGCACGGGCGACCAGGAGCUCUACUGGUAUAUGAAUAGCGGUCACGUCAGGACCGAACCUUGGCGGUUCGGCCUUUUUGGCCCCUACGCAAUGGGCUUCACACGCAGCAUCAAGCCGCCGCCGGCGGAUGUCGACAUGAGUUUCUUCGACUCCUUGAACAUAGAUGGCUACGUUCCCGAUAGCGGCCGUGGAAGUGUUUCGGGCACCGCGACGGGAGUAGCAGGUGGUUCUGAAACUGUAGUACACUGGCUCAACCAGGAUGCGCAAUACUGGACAAAGGCCGCCGGCAGAAACUUUGAGUCGCCGCUGAUGAAGCCCGGAACAUACACGAUGAAGAUGUAUCGGAACGAGUUCCCCGUCGCUAAUGCUAGUGUAACGGUCACGGCGGGUGUGAAAGCCACGCAGGACAUUGUGGCAACCGAGUCCGAGCCGCCGGUCAUCUGGCGCAUCGGCGAGUUCGACGGACAGCCUUUUGAGCUGAAGAACGGCGACAAGAUUCAGAGGAUGCACCCCUCAGAUGCUCGCAUGGCGAGUUGGGGAGGCAAGUUUACUGUCGGAUCAUCCAAAAACCAAGACUUUCCCAUGGCUUUAUUCUCCAAGAUUGGAGGCAAUGCCACCGUCAACUUCAAUCUAGGUGCCAAUCAACUAGAAGGGGUCGUCCUGCGUAUUGGAACGACGCUUUCGUUCAAGGGCGGAAGGCCUAGUGUCAAGAUAAAUGAGUGGGAAGCAGCGGAUCCUGGGGCUCCGACACUCAUUGACUCUCGCGGUGUGACUCGUGGUGCCUAUCGCGGGUUCGGCGACAUGUACACUUGGGAAGUACCUGCGAGUGAGUUGAAAACGGGUUCGAAUACACUCGUGAUGGGGGUGAUUGGGGCAGGGGACGUUGACUUUCUCAGUGCCAACUACAUCGUCGAUGCAGUUGAGUUGCAGGGUAAAGGGGGUUCCAGGAACGGCACCUAG